CGUAGUUGGCCUCAAUCUUAAGUAGUCGGGUUUGUGUUUUUUCUUCGCUUGAAAUUUGUUGUUUUACCUUUUUCGAAGAUCUGAGAGACUGUGGAAAGCACCGCGAAGCAGCCACAGCAUGCAGAUGACAGAGUUAAAUUAGGCACUAAACAAAUCUACAAGUACUUUCGGCCAAAUCGAAUACAAAAUUGAAUCUAGGCAAGGCUAGGGCUAGCAGGAGCUCGAGAGGUCAGAGUGCAGAGGGCAAAGGGCAAAGGGCAGAAGGGCAGAAGGCAGAGGGCAGAGGGAUGCGCGAGAUUGUGACGCUGCAGAUUGGGGGCGCUGGCAAUGCCAUUGGCGAUGCGUUCUGGCAUGUGAUCUCGCAUGAGCACGGCGUGGACUAUGCGUCGGGUCGCUUUGGCGGCACCAGCCAACUGCAACUGGAACGGAUCAAUGUGUUCUUCAAUGCGACAGCCAGCAAGCGCUUCUAUGCCCGAUCCAUUCUCAUUGACACGGAAGCGAGCACCGUGCAGCGCUUGAGUGCCAGCAGCCAGCUGUACAGACCCGAGAACUUCGUUGCUGGCAACGAGAGUGCUGGUAACAACUUCGCACGUGGCUAUCAUACGGACGGGGCAGCGAUUCUCGAUCAGGUACUGGACAACACGCGACGCGAGGUGGAGUCCGUUGACUCCCUGCAGGGCUUCCAGCUACUCCACUCGAUCGGCGGCGGCACCGGCUCGGGUCUGACGUCCCUGAUAAUGGAGGCACUGGUUGAACAGUAUCCGGACAACUUGCUUUGCAACUAUGUGACCAUACCCUCGCCGAAUAUGUCCCAGGUGGUUGUCGAGCCGUACAACGCACUGCUCAGCAUACCGGCGCUGGUUAACAACUCGCACUUGACCUUCUGCUUGGACAACGAGGCGCUCUUUCAGAUCUGCAAUCGAAAUUUGAAGAUCGAGAUGUCGGGCCACGAGCAUAUCAACCAUAUUGUGGCCCUCACCAUGUCGGGCAUAACCACCUGUUUGCGUUUUCCCGGCCAGCUAAAUGCUGGACUGCGCAAGAUCUACGUGAACAUGGUGCCAUUUCCGCGUCUACACUUCCUCAUACCGGGCUUCGCUCCGCUGGUCACCUGCAAGCAGCAGCAGUUCAGCAAGGGCACCGUCUCCGAGCUGGUGCAGCAGAUCUUCUCCAGCAACAAUCUGCUGUGCGCCGUCGACCUGCGCAAGGGCAAGCUGCUGACGGCCGCUGGCAUCUUCCGCGGGCGCAUGUCGCCGCGCGAGGUCGACCAGCUGAUGACCGGCGUCCGCAACAAGAACCUCAAUAACUUUGUGGAUUGGAUACCGAAUAACAUCAAGACGGCCAUCUGCGACAUACCGCCGCGUGGCCUGAAGAUGUCAGCCACGUUCAUCGGCAAUACGACGGCGAUACAAACGCUAUUCCAGCGUCUGCUCGAUGGCUCCAUCUCGAUGCUGCGCCGCAAGGCUCAUUUGCAUUGGUAUACCGGCGAGGGCAUGGAGGAGCGCGAGUUCACCGAUGCCCAAGAGGAGCUUCAGAACAUUAUUGAAGAUUACCGCGGCAGCGGUGGCGAAGGCGGCGCCGCCGAUGGCAAUGACGAAGAUAGCGGCGAUGAGGGCGCGACUACCAAUGGACCCCAAUGCACCUACUGUGCGGAUUGAGCUACCGAUUGUUAUUAUUGUGUACGACUUCGCAGUGCUUGGGUCGAAUCUUGGAAAUUGGCAAUUGGCUAUUGGCCGUUGGCUAUUGGCUAUUCAACUCGAAAUGAUGCACUGCAUCCUAUUUAUAGCUGGCCAAAGUUCGAUGCGUUUAGAGUUCAGCGCACCAGCCAUGUGCAGAUGUGUAUUAUAUAUAAUAUGUUAUAUAUUUAUAUAUUGAUGUGUCCACAUGCCGGCUAAUGGGCAAAGGUGCAGCAAAUUGUACGACUCUCUAUUAAUAAAAUG